GCGAUUCUGAUAAGGACGACAACGACGACGACGACGACGACGACGACUCCUCGGACGGCGACGAUGAGCAUAACGACAAGAAGAAACGCUACUUCAACAUCUUCGCCCACGCCGCCGCUCUCCCGGCCAGUGCCUCCUCUACCUCCGUCGACCAAGCACCACGCCAGCUUAAGAAUUCCGUUAUCGCCACAACCUUGCCCACGCCAACCCUCCCUCUCAGCACCCUCAAGCCAGUCUCCACGAUCUACAAAACAAUCACAACGGUGUGGAUACCGGCCUCUGCCCCCCUCUCAUCCAGCCCGGCCAUCGCUCCUGAAGCAACCACGGCCGACCAAGCCCCUCAGCCCCUUCCCAACGCACGCGUCUUCCGACGUAGCGCACCGGACCCCAUGGUGGGCACAAUCACGCUCUUCGGCGGCCAUCUGGACUGCGUGGCGCACCAAACCCUGUGCUGGGCGUUGCCGCUGGGCCUAGGCAUCCUCGUCGGCAUGAUCCUGCUGCUGAUCUCCUGCUGCGCGUGGAAGUGUUGGCGGCGGCGACGGGCUACCGAGCCCGACGAGUAUUUGAUGGGUCACUCUUGA